AAGAAAAAGUUUACCUUCUUUUCUUGAGGCAUGAGAAGUGACAACUUGCCAAAUCGAACAUGGAACGGAGAACAUGCUAAUUCCCCAUUAGGUUGCUCAACGACGACAAUGUCGAUGGCACCAGAUAAUGUAGCUGGAUUCAGCUCAUUAUAGACUUUGCUGACCGAAGAUAUAAGGUUGGAAAGUUUUCCAACGUAAUCCAUUCUAGCGGGAGAGCUGCCCGAGGUUAGGAACAGUUAUGAGCAGUAGAGCGGGACAGGCUUUGUGUCCAGCAAUUUGAAAGCGAACUUGUGACUCGGGUUUUUGGUCGUUGGGUUCCUUCACUUCGUCACUCUGUCGUACAUUCCCCCCACCCUCCCCAUUCUUUAAACAUGGUAACCACUAUUUCUCGCAAAGACUUACCGGAAGCUGGCUCCCCGGAAUUCAAGUCCAUGGUCGAUGGAUGGUUUGCCGACAUUGAUGAAUUAGUGAAAAAUUCUCGAUCUUGGCCUGUCGUGAACACAACUGGCGAAGUUGUCACUAGACGUAAACAGAAAGAAGCAAGCGACGAAGGAAACCACUACUUUCAGCGCGAGAGCACACAUUUUGAUAUUACUUACGAGGGUAUGCGAUCACUUCUCUACGUCGACCACUCUCUACAAGAACCAAAAUACAUCAACAUGUGUGAAGGUGUAGAACUGAUUGAAGAAUUUGAGCCCCAGGUUGGUAUCUAUUGGAUUGGCUUCAAGGUACCAUUUGCGUCUCGCGAAUUUGUGGAACUCGUAGCAACUAGAGAAGAAGGCCGUGCUUUCUUCAUUGUUUCCAAAGGAGUCGACCAUCCAUCCCCGGUCAAGAGUGGACAUGUCCGUGGAGAAUAUGAUGCUUGGGAAAUCGUUAGAGAAGUUGAAGUCGAUGGCAAAAAGGGCAUCGAAUGGGUGUGUAUCCAACACUCUUCAGCUGGAGGAAACCUUCCUAAGUGGAUUGUCGAUGCUGCUGCUAGCAAAGAUUUCCAUAAGGAUGUAGGUAGCGCGAUAGAGUAUGUUAAAACCCAUGUUGACGGGCAAUGAUUUUCCCGAUACCAAUGCAACAUGAGAACUAGACAGAUAGACAACUCUGGUAGUUACAUGUAACUAUAAUUUCUAUUGAAGUGUAUCAGUAAUAAUUGUAAUUGUUUAAACAAAGCCUUCUUGAAUUUGUCAUCGACA